AGAUUGUCGACGCGAAUGCGUGUAUUGCUCGCAACGAAACCGGUCGAACACUGCUAUAUACAUACUCUCGCCAUAGCCGCCGCCGCCGCCGCAUACAAACACCAAAUCAACAUUGCCAUCAGUGCCAAAAGGAAAGCAAUACCAACGUACUAUACCGAUACAUACAACGGAGCAUUUUGUGCUAUUAACACCAACAACUGAACUCAAACAAUUGAAGAACGGUGAAGAGCAAAGCAUUAUUGGUGGCACGAAAAAAUAGAAAGGAUGCAGUACUCAACGAGCUCGGAAAACUACUCAUCAACAGUGAGAGGCGAUUCGCCCUCAAAGUGGGGUAACAAGGAAGAUAAAGGUUACGUGUAUAAGAAGUCAUCCUAUCAAUAUUCCAAUUCAGGCAAUAAUAACAUAACCAGCAUGAAUAAGUCACUGGAUACAAAUAUUGAUCAGUUGGAUGCUUUGUUGGAAGAUUUGAAAAAUGAACGAGAAAUCACAAAAGAUAAAGAUAUUUUAUCAACUUCUGCGAAUUAUAAGACAAUGGAACGGGAACGCACUGAACCGAUUGGUACCGUUACAAAAACCACACGUGUCGUAAAAUCGUCUCAGCGGUCAGUGCCACAUGCGGUGAAGGAUGAAAUUGAUAGCUUCUCGACAUCGGAGUAUAACACACUAAGAUCGAAUGGUUAUCCCAAUAUCCAGCAAGACUAUCAAUCGAAUGAGAAGCUCUAUGGAUCUAGCAACAUCUAUGAGUCUAGAAACAAAGUGUACGAAAGCAAUCGUGUUAUUGAUAGUACUGAACUGAUUCCUUCUACGUCAACCACAACAACAACAACCCAAUUAGAGAAAGAUCUUCAAAAUCUGCCAUUGACGGAGGAUAUUUUACCGGUACCCGGCACGAAGGUUACCACCACAGUGCGUACCUACACAUACGAAGUACCUGCCACAGGUACACUUAGUCGCACUCCGUUAACUUCAAGUACGCGCUAUAAUACAAUUCAACGUAACGAAAUGAAUAGUUCCACGCUUCAAUCUAGUCCUCAUACAACCCACAUAACUCCAGUGGUGCCUCCAACUGUUAUUUAUAACACGGAAAGCUAUUCCUUAAAUAAUAGGUCCAAUGAUCGGCCCAUUACUUCCAAUCAAAUUUAUGAAGUACGCGAGCAUCGUGAAACUAACACUUUGCAAAACAACUUGCCACAACAACAACCACGCAGCCCUCCAACAAGUGGCUCCAACAAAACUAUUAUUUACAAAGUCAACAAAACUGAAAAUAUUCAUACGGGUCCAGAAUACAAUCAUCCUGAUUAUCCCAUACAACAAUAUUUGCCACAAAAUGGACCGUAUGGUCCUCCGCAGGAUAGCUAUGAACCCGGACCAUCAGCAACAAGAUAUAUUUAUAAAGAGUCAUCCAAUACCGUGAAUACUAUUCACGGUACGCCUGGUGGCCCCCCAAAUUCUCACCCAGGAUAUUUACCACCAGCACAUCCUCCACACAAACCAGCGUCACCCAGUGACAAUGGCUAUCCUCCACAUGGACCUACAAGUACUUCCCACGUCACCUAUAAGUACUCAUCUUCAUCUAAAACAAAUAGACAUCAGGGGCCAAGCAGCCCAUAUGGUUCACCACCAACAGCCAGUCAACCAGCACCAUUCCCUGUUGACGGAGUCGAGUAUCCAGUAAAUUCCAGUCCCCCACAAAAAGUCGAUGACCUUAUGCAGUCUUUUGGACAAGUUGAUUCAGUGGAUAGAACUGACCUUUCUACGCCACGAAAAAGAGAGAUUGAAACUGCUGUGGCAACUCCCAAUCAGUAUAUCCCUACAGUAAAUAAGGCAGGCAAAGAGGUGUAUUAUCCACCGGGGCACGAGAUGAUGAUAACAAAACGCGAAGAAAUGGCAGCAGGAUCAGCGGCUGGGGGACGUUGGGCCAAAGGAUCUGGGAUGUAUGAGUACGAGUCUGGCUCCAGGUCUAAAUCUAAAAGUAAACAAGGAGGUGCCGUGGUUCCAAUUUGUCUACCACUUUGCUGUGCUAUGCCUUGUUCCAUAAUGUAAACCGAAAUGCAAAUAAUAAUUUAUUGAAAUUAAUUCUCGAAUGUACAUAAAUGUAGACUUAACACUAAUAUUUAAUAAUAUUCUAUAUUAUAACGCAACCAAAUCGAAUAGUUGCUAAAUGUUUGAAACACACUUUGGAAAAGCCGUGUAAAAUUAUUUGUAUAUAACUUAUUUGUCUGCUUGUUUACUGAAAUACACAUAUAUAUACAGAUACAUUUUUAUGCAUGUAUGUAUAUAUGUUAUAUUUGUACACAAGCAUAUAUUUUAAAUUUGUACAUAUAUGGCAAAACAUAUCAAAUAUGACUGCCUCUGGUCAUCGUUUAAUAAGAAUGCGAUAUUUCAGCUGAACUACUUGUUUUCUAAUAAAAUGUAUGUAAAAAAACUCACUCCAAGAAAAUCGAAAAAAUAUGCAUUCGUGAAAAUACUCAAUUGCCUAUUAACUUUUUUUAAUAUUUUUGUUUAAGGCCAUUUCAAGGACAAAAUAAUCGAUUCUAUAGAGAUUAAACCGAAUAUUAAAAUGUCGUAUAAUAAAUUGUAAGCGUAAAUUACUUACAAGUAAGCACACGUACAUACAUACCUACACGCACCCAUAUAUGGUCAUAUAUGAGACCACAUCUGAAUAUUUCCUUUUUUUUACUUUUUACGUCGAAAAUCAGUAGCAAAAACAAUAAAUUUGGAAGAACUCACAUUUCUGCUGCUGAGAGGUUAUAAACGAACUUUGUGAAAGUAUUCUUUUUAAAAUAAUACAAAAUUAAACUACUACGAAUAUACAGAAAACAAACAAAUCAAAUGUUACAACCCCCACACCUACCUAAAAUUAAAUUAUUUUACCAACUAAGGCGAAAUAUUGCGUCUACAAAUUAACUUGAAGGUACGCAGUUGAUGUCAAAAAGGUGUGUGUUUUUUUUCAUGAUUUGCAUGAAAAAUACAUACUUAUGUGUGUAUUUGUAUUUGUAUGUAUUUAUAAAACUACUUGCGCUUUAGUAUUAACCUAAAUAUUAAUAGUUUUUAACCGAAUGCGAAUCAAAGUAAAUUUAUAUGUAUUCUUAUUAACACAGUGAAAAUGAAUAAUAAAAAACACUCUAACGGUA